AUGAUCCCUUCAAACAAUUCCGAAACCACUCUCUUGAACGAAGGAAUUAAUUUAAUUGGAGAUAAUUUGUUCAUGCUUUUGGACGAGGAGUAUUAUGAGUUGGCACAACAACUUAAUUCAGAUAAAUAUUAUUCCGAAAUUUUUGAUGAACCCGUUCCGAUAAACCAUAAACUUGCGGAUUACAUAGAAGAGUGUACUGAUAUGUUUCAUCCAUCUUUUUGCUUUAGUCAAGAAUGGAGUUUGACUGAUGAUACCACGGAGCAAGAACGAAGAAAGGACACAGCAUCAGCAGACCGAACAAUAUUUUGUACAGCAAAGUGCACGACAUGCAAAAACUGUGUUUGUAGAAAGAAUGGACUACCAUGCACAGACAAGUGUAAAUGUGCUGACACCUGUUGUAACUUGGUAAAGCCAACUUUUGAACAUGAAUGGACUCUCAAUGCUGUGUUUCCGAAUGUGAAUGUGGAACCUCCAACCAAUUCAGGUCCUAGAAAUCUUCCGAAACAUUUAUCGUUGCCAGAAUCUACCUCCAUAAUUUGGAAUGACAAAAUAUUGCAACAUAUUUACGAAAGAACAAACUGGAAAAAAGAAUAUUGUAUUGAGUAUGAACAAGCAUUGAAUGAUCACAAAGAAUGGUCAAACACAAAAUCAAAACACGAAAAGAAGCAAAAACGUUUCAAACGAAAAUAUGAGCAUGAUAACGAAAACAUGGUUCAGGAAAUCAAUGAUGCCAAUCCCCCUCCAUUGAUCAAUGAUAUACUUGAGUCGGAGCCCAAGGUCGAACCUUUUGCCAAAUAUUUAGAAAAAAAGAAAGGCUGUACUAUUCCCAAUCAUUAUUCCAAAGACGACAUUAAGGGAUUUUUACAAAUUUGCCAAAUUAUGGGAUUAUCUCCAAUUCCAAAUUACUAUGAUUAUUGUAGCGAACCUAAUUUUUUAGAGGACAAUGUUAAUUCGAACAGUAGACAUUAUUGGUUAUGUGUUAAAGAAGUUUCAGUUGAUGAAAUAAUUGCUGCUUUUAAAGGGAAAGUACGAUUUAAACAAUAUAUCCCAUUGAAACCUCACAAGUACGGCCUGAAAUAUUAUGCUUUAUCAGACUCUACAGGUUAUAUUUAUGCAUUUUGGUUAUAUCAAGGAAAAGAAUCAAGGUAUUCUCAUAAUGCAACAUCUAUUGUUUUAGAUUUAGUUAAACAUGUUUCACCAGAAAAUCAUGUUUUGGGAAUCGACAAUUAUUAUGGAUCAUUAGAUCUUGCGAGAGAAUUGGUGAAUCAUGGAUGGAAAUUUGUUAUGACUCUCAGUAACAAUCGUCCUUCUUAUCUAUUCUCAGAAGGAUUGCAGAAAAAACUCCCUGGAAGCAAAACUAGAAAAUGGAUCCAUGCUGUAAAUAAGGAGAACACUUUAGUGGCAUUGUCAAUUAAUGACAACAAACGAGUUAAUUUUUUGACAAAUUUAGGAAGCAGUCAAUUAAUCAAAAACAAACCAUACGUUCAAGAAAUGUAUAACAAAUCAAUGGGAUGUGUUGACAAAUCUGGAAUUUUCUUGCAUUACACUCAUCCUCCUUUUAGAAACAAAAACUGGAAAACUGUCCAUUUAUUGCAGAUGAUGAAGACUUCGUUUGUCAACCAGUAUAUCAUAUUUAAGCAUCACAUUAAUAACCCAGGUUUAACUCUUUGCGACUACCUCAAGCACAGCCUUGCUCAAACUGUGACCUUUUGUAACCCUUAUUUCACCAGAACAACUCACUUCCCCAUGAAACUCAAAAAGUUGGAACGGUAUCAAUUAUGCUCUCAUUGCAAAGACUCUUCUUCGGGAUGUGGAUACAAAUGCAUGGGAUGUGGAUGCUAUCUCCAUUUACAUUGCUUUACUGCCUAUCAUGACCCCAAAUUUAUUUAUUACUAA